GCGGAGCUGAAACUACCAGUCAGGUGAAACUCAAGACAAGUCACUUGGAGUAGACCUAUCUCCGCUUUCCAUCGACAAAACAUUAUGCUUGCUGUAAUUUUCCUCGCCACAAUACUUGGGAUACAAGCUCAUCCAUUCAAUCAACUUCACCAACAUGUGGAUACGCAUGUGGAGGACUAUGUAGAGGCACUGAGGCAGUGGGUUGCCGUGGAGAGCGACUCCAGCGACGUCAGCAAGAGGGCGGACCUGCACCGCAUGAUGGACAUGACGGCUGAGAAGCUGAAAGGCUUGGGAGGCCAAGUGGAGAUGGUGGACAUUGGACUGCAAGAGCUUCCAGAUGGCACAACCAUUCCUCUACCAAAAGUGGUCACAGCCCAAAUCGGCAAGGACUCCUCCAAGCACACGGUGUGCAUUUAUGGCCACGUGGAUGUCCAGCCAGCUAAGAAGGAGGACGGGUGGAGCACCGAGCCCUACAACCUCACUGACAUCAAUGGUAACCUGUACGGGAGAGGAGCGUCUGACAACAAAGCUCCAGUUCUAGCGUGGAUCCAUGCAGUAGAGGCCUACCAGGCGCUCAAUCUGGACCUGCCCGUGAAUGUCAAGUUCAUCAUAGAGGGCAUGGAGGAGACUGGCUCUAACGGUCUGGACUCCAUGAUCAUCGCCAAACGGGACUCGUUCUUCUCGGACGUGGACUACAUCAUCAUCUCAGACUGCGGUUGGCUGAGUCGGAGACCCGCUCUCACCUACGGCACCAGAGGAAACUGCUACUUCUUUGCUGAGGUCGAGGGACCCAAGCAGGAUCUGCACUCUGGAGUGUAUGGAGGCACUGUGAUUGAGCCCAUGACAGACUUAAUUGGCAUCUUAGAUUCCCUCAUCACCCCUGGUGGAAGAAUCCUUGUUCCAGGGAUCCGAGAAGCAGUGGCCCCCUUCUCUGAUGAGGAAUGGAAGAUGUAUCAGGACAUCGAGUUUGAUGUGGAGGCCUACAAAUCCAAGAUUGGCGUUAGUGAACUGAUGUAUAACAACAAGGUUGACCUGCUGUCUCACCGCUGGCGCCAUCCCACCGUGUCCAUCCAUGGCAUCGAGGGGGCCUUCUCAGCCUCAGGCUCCAAGACCGUCAUUCCUGCCAAGGUCACCGGCAAAUUCUCCAUCCGCCAAGUCCCUGAUAUGGACCCUGCCACCGUCAAAAAACAGGUGACAGAUUACUUGCAGUCUGUGUUUGCCCGGAGGAAGAGCCCCAACAAGUUGAAGGUGUCGAUGAUCAUCGGGGCGAAACCCUGGCUGGCCGACAUCAAUCAUCCCCUCUAUGAGGCAGGAAAGGCUGCAGUGAAGAGAGUUUUCCAGAUGGAACCAGAUUUGAUCCGUGAGGGAGGAACCAUCCCAAUCGCCAAAACCUUCCAGGACGUGACGGGGAAGAGCAUCAUCAUGCUUCCCAUUGGGGGCUUUGACGAUGGCCUCCACUCCCAGAACGAGAAAAUGAGCAGGUACAACUACAUUGAAGGGACAAAACUGUUCAUCUCCUACCUUCAUGAGGUCGCAGAGAUCAAGGCGUGACCAUCUUGACUACACUAGCUACCAGUGUCCAUUUUAUAUUCAGUCGAGAGUCGAGAUACCACACAACUGUUAUCCCCACCAUAGUUAGAAGCAUGGUUAAUAAUCAAUUGGAUUUUUACCAAGAGGCAUCAUUGUUGAAGGGAUUAUUUGUGUUUGGGCCUUUAUCUUCUAUGUAUGUUUCUCCCUUGAUGUGCAUGUAGAUACAACAGCCCCACCAAUAAAGAAAAGACGAUGCGAUACCUUUAAAGUUCAAGAAAGAAA